UCACUUUUUCUUGCUCAGAAAAGGAAAUUCUCUCUGUAGAUCGUUGUUAAAAGUUAUGUUUUGGCAUUUUUCUUUCUUUCUUUUUUUUACUCUGACAUUGUUGAUUCAGAUUGAGACGCUCGGCCUUCCUGUGUGCGCCACGAUUUCAGCCAUGUAUUUAGAUGAUUUAUUUCCAGCUGUCCGUAUGGUCCUUUGCAAGCUGCCGGCAGUAUCCCCGAAAAGACCACAGACCAGAAAACCAACGAAAGGGAGCUGAACCCCCUCAGUGGCAGGACUCCCCACAUCUUAUUCCUGCUGGAUUCCUCGCUCACUGUCGGCUGGUAUAACUUUCGGCAGGGGCUGGAAUUCAUUGACAGCACUAUUGACAAGAUCUGGACUCCCAAUGUUUUAAUUCAAGUGAUUUUUUAUGAUAACGAUAAAGCUGAAAAGAUAGAUGUGACAAAAAACCCCAAGACAAGACGUCCAGAUCCACUGGCUGACUCUAUCGAUUACUCAGGUUUCUCACAGCACUAUGGAACUAAUAUUUACAGAGCUCUGGAAGCUGUACUGAAGAGUAUUCAGAGAGCACAGGCUGACCGUGUAAAAUGGACCAUAUUUCUGAUUGCAAAACAAUCUAGCAGUGGGCCAGCUCCUUCCAAAAUGAUGCAAGAGAUUGCGAAGCACAUCCCGGAUCCAGACAUUAAUCUUGAUGUGUUUGCUAUAGGGCUGGGGAGUGUGGACAGAGGACAGCUGGAGAGUAUAAUUCCCCACAAGUCUGUGGAAGAAGAAGGGCGCCAGAACACAUUCUACCUGCCCAGCUACGACACCCUGAGACUGGUGUACAGCAAGUCCAAGUGGGAUGAUGAUGCAGCCUCCGCGAAAUGCGGAGUUCGGAUGAAGAUGCGGCACCGAAGUGUGGGCAGGAUAUAUGGUGGAGUGAAAUCUCUCGAAGCAGACUGGCCCUGGCAGGUUUAUGUCAACAACAACCAGAUGUGUGCUGGCUCCAUCAUUUCCAGGAGAUGGAUUCUCAGUGUGGCUCACUGCUACAGCACUGACAUGCUCGCCACUUCCAUAACUGUGAGUCUAGGAAUCAUUAAGAAGGAUGACUCUUCUAUGAUAACAAUAGGGGUGAAGCGGUUCAUCCUUCACCCUCAGUAUGACGGACGCUAUGAUUACGACAUGGCCUUGUUGGAGCUGGAUCAGGAGAUCUCGUACAGCGACACAGUGAGGCGAGUCUGCCUUCCCUGUACAAAAGAUGUUGAAAACCUGAUCCCAUCGCCAGUAGGAAUCUGGCAAGACACUUGUAGCUAUCAAGAAAAUAAAAUGACGAACGCUGGAUAUUAUGACAGUGGAAGAGAAUUGAGUGGCUAUGUAGCUGGGUGGGGCCAGUCCAGACAGAGUCAUAUAAUUAGCUAUGAAUUACUAUAUACUAAAGUCAGCAUCUAUCCUCGUGGUCAGUGCCCUAAAACCAAACACACUCUCACCGAACGAAUGUUUUGUGCCAGAGGAGAAAACAGUGAUUCCUGUAAAGGUGACUCUGGUGGGGCGUUUGUGAUGAAGAGAAAGGAUCAAUGGAUUCAGAUUGGCAUUGUCAGCUAUGGGAAAGAACUGGUCUGCGGAAAAAACAACUUCAUGGGUUACUAUAGCAACGUCCCAAGUAUGAUGUCCUUCGUUCGUACUCACGUCACAGACCUGCAAUAUGAAUAGCUCCCACAACCCCAUGGAGCAAGCCCUCUGUCUGCAGACCCAAGGACAGUAGCCUUCAGAAAUGUGUAUGAUACACUGUUAGCAACAGUUUUUUUUUGUCUGUGUUCCGCUGCUUUGACUUUUUUUUCAUAAAUAAUUUAAGAUCAGGAUCUACUCUUCAGUUCUAGCUGCUGCCAUGGAACCCCAUGAAUUAAAGGAAUGCGCUACGAAGAGAAGAUGAAAGAUCUAUUUAGCCUAGAACAAAAAUGAGCUGGGUGGACUUGGUCUUCAAAAUCUUAAAAAGGAGUUGACAAACCCUAAGCAAUACUUUAAGUGCAGCACAGAAACCAGGACCAGAGGACACGUUGGAAAUGAAGUGGAGAGAGGCCUAGGAAAAAGGGGAGGAGUCACUUCUUCACACAGAGUGGUGAGGGUAUGAAACAGGUUACCUACAUGCAGUUCUGUUGUUUAGGCAGACCCAAAUUGACAAAGUUCGGAGAUCAAUCAGCUACUAGGAACCGGAGGAGCAUUGAUGGGCUGAAUGGGCUCCUGUUGUUAGCAAAUGUUCUUGUAUUAAUUAGUAAGCACCAGCACCAUCUAGUGCUCAUCUAGCGUAUUAAAUACAAAACAAAACCAUCUAAGAUAGUAGAUCAGUAGAUGGCCUUGGCUCUUCUAUAAAGACAAUUAUGCUGCUCUAGGUUGCACAUCUGUGGCAGACAACAAACUGAAGAGCAGCUCCGGGAACUCGGUUAACACAGACCUAUAUAUAUAUAUAUAAUUUCAAUGAAUGAUUUCAAAAAGGGCACAGUAAAUACCAUUUGAAGCUAUUUAAACCUUGUGGCAAUACCUAUAUAAAUAGUUUUUCUGUAAACUUAAAAUGCGCAUAAAUGGAACUCCUUGUAUUUUCACCAGCAGUAUGUUGCUUUGUUUUUAAAAUAUAUUAUUUUUAAGCAGAA